UCACGAUGAUGUCGUGACGCGCGACAAUGAAGUCACAUGACCUGCAAGGUGCCUGCAUGCAAAGUAGGAAUCCCGGAUUGUUUCGUCCAUGCAUGUAUUCGCCUUGUAGUUAAAAAUGCCUGUGGACGGAGGAAUACGUCGUUCUGUUGGGCCUCACUUGGAAUGUCCCGAGUGUUUUGCAAGACUUGUUCCAGAGAAUGGAGUGCUGUCCAGUGGUCUUUACAAGGGUAAAUGCCAGACCUGUAACAAAGAGGUCACAUUUUGGUCUGUCCCCUCUCCUGUUAUUGAGAUCACAUUCUCUGUGAAUGGUGCACAGUAUAACGUGGCCAAUCCUGAUCCUGAGAUGAGUUUGAAUGAGUGGAUUAGAAAUCAGCCAGGACUUCAAGGAACAAAGGUCAUGUGCCGUGAGGCUGGCUGCGGUUGCUGUGUGGUUUCUGUAACGCUACAUGACCUGAGCAUUGGUAAAGAUGUAACAGUGGCUGUGAACUCAUGUUUAUUUCCAUUGUGUGCUGUAAAUGGUGCCUCUGUCACAACAGUCGAAGGCAUUGGGAAUCGUUUUGAUGGAUUUCAUCCAAUUCAGGAGAGACUUGCAGAGCAUAAUGGCAGCCAGUGUGGUUACUGUUCUCCCGGGUUUGUCAUGAAUAUGUACAGUUUAUUGCAGGAGAAUCCCAGUCCAUCUGAACAACAGAUUGAAGACAACUUUGAUGGAAACAUUUGCCGCUGCACAGGUUACAGACCAAUUCUGGAUGCAAUGAAAACAUUUGCAAAAACCUCAAAUCCAUUGGAUAUUGAGAAAGAAUGUGUAUCUCAAUUUGUUACUUAUUACAGACUUGUUCCAGAGAAUGGAGUGCUGUCCAGUGGUCUUUACAAGGGUAAAUGCCAGACCUGUAACAAAGAGGUCACAUUUUGGUCUGUCCCCUCUCCUGUUAUUGAGAUCACAUUCUCUGUGAAUGGUGCACAGUAUAACGUGGCCAAUCCUGAUCCUGAGAUGAGUUUGAAUGAGUGGAUUAGAAAUCAGCCAGGACUUCAAGGAACAAAGGUCAUGUGCCGUGAGGCUGGCUGCGGUUGCUGUGUGGUUUCUGUAACGCUACAUGACCUGAGCAUUGGUAAAGAUGUAACAGUGGCUGUGAACUCAUGUUUAUUUCCAUUGUGUGCUGUAAAUGGUGCCUCUGUCACAACAGUCGAAGGCAUUGGGAAUCGUUUUGAUGGAUUUCAUCCAAUUCAGGAGAGACUUGCAGAGCAUAAUGGCAGCCAGUGUGGUUACUGUUCUCCCGGGUUUGUCAUGAAUAUGUACAGUUUAUUGCAGGAGAAUCCCAGUCCAUCUGAACAACAGAUUGAAGACAACUUUGAUGGAAACAUUUGCCGCUGCACAGGUUACAGACCAAUUCUGGAUGCAAUGAAAACAUUUGCAAAAACCUCAAAUCCAUUGGAUAUUGAGGAAAUAACCGAAUGUCGUGGUGUGUGUGGCAAUGGUUGCAUGCAGUGCCCUAGAAAGUGCAUCACAACAUCUGUUCAUCAAAGUGGUGGUGUGUUGUGGUACUGUCCGACAUCACUUGCUGAUUUAUAUACACUGAUGUUGAAGCACACUGAUGAUAAGAUAAGGCUGGUGGCUGGAAAUACAGGAAAAGGUAUUUAUAAGAAUGAUGGUCCUUUUGAUGUAAUGAUUGACAUCUCUGAAAUUGACCAGCUACACACCAUACCAAGUGAAACUGAGUUACCCAAUGGUGAUGUUGUUAUUGGUGCUGGUGUGCCUCUGAACACACUUAUUAAGGUAUUGGAGGACCAAGCAAGUGUGGUGUCUGGUUACAAAGUGUUGGCUGAUCAUGUGCGCAAGGUAGCCAAUGUUCCUGUAAGAAAUGUUGCAAGCAUUGCCGGGAAUCUGAUGUUGACACAUGAUCAUCCUGAUUUUCCAUCUGACAUUUUCACAAUUCUUGAAGCUGCAGGCGCAAGGCUGAUUAUUGGUGACAGCUCGUCAAAAAGUGAAGCUCAGUACUCUCUCAUGCAAUUUCUAAACCUGGAUAUGACUGGCAAGGUAAUCCUGGCUGUCUUGUUACCCGUGUUUUCAAGUGACUGCGUCAUUUGCACCUACAAAGUCAUGCCAAGAGCCCAAAAUGCCCAUGCUUAUGUGAAUGCUGGGUUUGUAGCCAAGGUUGACAAGAGCAUCAUGACUGUGAAUAUUGCAAGGAUUGUCUAUGGUGGAAUAGAACCACAUGUAAUGCAUGCUGCCAAAACAGAAACGUUCUUGGCUGGUAAAAAGCUAACUGACCUGGACACUCUUAAAGGUGCCCUGUCUACUCUUGAACAGGAAAUUGUUCCUGAUUCACCUCCUGCGAGUGCAAGCAAAGAAUAUCGCAAAUCUCUGGCUCUUAGCUUGUUUUACAAGUUUUACUUGACUGUUCUGGGUGACAAGGCAUCAGCACGGGUCAAGUCAGCUGCAGAGCCAUUCAUUCGUCCUGUCUCGUCUGGCACACAGAGUUAUGACACGCAAUCCAGUGAAUACCCGCUAACAAAACCUAUGACAAAACUGGCUGCUAAGCUCCAGACUUCUGGUGAAGCUCAGUAUGUUUCUGAUAUUCCCAUUCAAGGUGGUGAACUCUAUGCUUCCUUCGUAGUGAGCACACAGGGAAACUGCAAGCUUGAUUCCCUUGAUUCAUCAGAAGCCCUUAAAAUGCCAGGAGUCAUCAAGUACAUCACAGUAGAAGACAUUCCUAAAGGGGGUGUCAACAAUUUCAUGCCAACGUCUUUUGGUUUUGCAGAGGAAGAGAUAUUUUGCAGUGGGGAUGUUGCAUAUGCCGGUCAGGCAUUGGGUAUCAUAGUUGCAGAUACUCAGCGUCACGCAGAUGAAGCGGUUAAAGCCGUGAAGGUGACUUACAAAGACCAGGGGCCUCUUCUGCUGACCAUUGACGAAGCUGUAGCGGCCAAGUCAUUCUUUGAUCCUCAAGCUAAAACGUUGAAGAAGGGCGACCCAGACACUGCAAUUAAAAAUUCACCACAUGUUGUUCAGGGUGCCGUAUCUACUGGACAUCAGUACCACUUCCACAUGGAAACACAGGUGGCACUGUGUAUCCCAGAAGAUGAUGGAAUGACUGUACACUGUCCAACUCAGUGGGUUGAUUUCACUCAAGCAGCUAUAGCACAGACUCUGAAUUACCCCGCUCAAAGUGUUAAUAUGGGUGUGAAGAGAUGCGGUGGUGCUUAUGGAGCCAGGAUCACCAGGGUCAAUCAAGUCGGUACAGCGUGUGCAGUAGCUGCUUAUGUCACGAAGAGGCCAGUUCGCAUGAGGAUGACUUUGAACACUAACAUGGAAUCUUACUUUUGUGACAACUGGAAUAUUGUGCCAUAUGCUACGCACACUCACACUGCUGGAAACACUUGGUGCCGUGCGCCAGCCUCCACCCAAGCAGUGUUCAUAAUGGAGUCAAUGAUGGAACAUGUUGCCAAAGAACUGAAAAUGACACCAGAGGAAGUGAGAAAAGUGAAUCUCUACAAAAAUGGACAGGAAACACAAAUGAAUCAGAAGCUGAAAUAUUGCAGCAUAUCUACUUUGUGGAAUGACAUCCUAGUCUCAAGUGACUUCCAGAACAGAAAAAAUGCCAUUGACACUUUCAAUAAGAAUAAUCGUUGGCGGAAGCGUGGAAUCAGUGUUGUCCCUCUCAAGUACGGAGUAGCUUAUGACGGCAACCAGUUCACUGCCAUGGUGUCAAUAUACCACGCUGAUGGUACAAUAGCCAUCGCUCAUGGGGGUAUUGAAGUGGGACAGGGAAUCAAUACCAAGGUAGCUCAAGUUGCGGCUUACAAGUUGAAGUGUCCUCUGGAUAAAAUUGCCAUCAAGCCAACUUCAGCAUUCAGCAAUCCAAACAGUGGUGCCACUGGUGGCAGCAUUACGAGUGAAUUGUGUUGUAAGACUGUGAUUGGUUGCUGUGACAUGUUAAACAAAGUGAUUGAUCCAAUCAGAGCCAAAAUGCCAUCUGCCACUUGGCCUGACCUGAUUGCCGAAUGCUACAACAGCGGAGUUGACUUAUCAGCUAAGUACAUGUGCGUAGAUACAACUUCAGAUUUGUUUGCCUACAACACCUAUGGAGUGACGUGCACUGAAGUGGAGCUGGACGUGUUGACAGGAGAAAGGGAGAUCUUACGUACAGACAUACUAAAUGACUGCGGACAAAGCAUGAACCCUGAGCUGGAUGUAGGUCAGGUUGAGGGAGCUUUUGUCAUGGGGCUUGGAUUCUGGUUGACAGAGAAAAUUAUCUACGAUACUGAUACAGGAAGAAAUCUGACGAAUGGUACAUGGGAGUACAAGCCACCGUGUUCAAAGGACAUACCAAUCGACUUCAGAGUGUCACUGCUGAAGAAUGCCCCCAAUCCACUCGGCAUCCUCAGGUCCAAAGCCGUGGGAGAGCCUCCUUUAUGUAUGUCCUGCGCAUGUCUGUUUGCCGUGAAGCAUGCUGUGGAAGAAGCAAGGGCUGAGAUCGGCAAAGGAGACGAGUAUUUUGUCAUGAAUGCUCCUUCUAUGGUUGAAGAUGCACAGUUAGCAUGUCUUGUAGAUUCCAGUCAAUUCACUUUGUGAGAAAAACAUACCAUGAGUAAAACAUAAAUACAUUUAGAAAGGGAAGAAAACAAAAAUACGGCAAAUAACUAUAAUAAGCCUCCCUUGAUAAUAAGCCCCGACUGAAUGUACUAGAAAAGAAUACUAUAGGAAGUUGAUUUACCUUUAUUGAUAUUUCUCCCUGAAGUUACUUACCAAGUAGAAGAUGGUGUUCAGUUGUAUGUUCUCUUAGAGACUCUUAGAAAAUAAUGCACGCUUAAGGUCUAGAAACGUCUGAAGGACGCAGGAGCGGGACGUGAGUGCGUUAAGCAGUUUUUGUAGACCUCAAAAGUGCAUUAUUUUCUGUAGAAAACGUAGGUACACCAUUUGGCUAAGAAUACAGCAUGUAAAAGCGAAAAUAUACACAACUGAGAAGCGGCAGUGAUGGCACUGGCAACACAACAUCCGGGACAUAAAUGUUCUGUCAUUUCCAGUCGUGUAUCUAUAAAAAAAAAAGGCACGCUCGGCUCCAACAGUGGGUAUACAGCAACAAUUUUCUAAAAUGCAUUAUACGAUAUGUCGAAUUAUUUUCGCAUUUUGAUUGGUUCUUAGUUAUGAUCAAUUGGAGGACAGACGCAUAGAUGACGUCAUUAACUAUUUAUUGGUUUCUUUAUUAGAUAAAAUAAAUAGAUUCCAUGUUGCCGUGCGUCUGUGCAAUAAUUGAUAACAGGAGAAGUUAAAAUCUAGUUAAAAAAAUCCGCGACACACUCGGCCAUCGCCUCGUGUGCCACUUCUUUAGAUUCCUACCCUAUUUUGACGUCAUCUAUGAUCAAUAACUGACCUGAUCGUACGGCAACAUGGAAUUUAUUUGUUAAACAGAAUGUUGAUAAUACACACUUCAUUGACAUCGUUUGAGUUGGUCUGAUGUGAUUUGUUGCAUCUUUACAGUGUAGAAUAAAAUAGAGAAAAAUGUAUACAAUUUUUAACCAAAAUCUGAGGUAGUCUUCUGUUGUACUCAUAACAUAAAUAAAAUCUACAUAUAUAUCUUGCAAAACGUUAUGAUAACCAACCUUUUAGGCGAUGGUAAGUAUUGUGAUUUAUGUUGUAAAUGGAAAAGCAUUAAUAAAGUUGAAAUUGAACAUGGGUCUAA